AUGGCUUCAACUACCAUUCCAAUUUCAUGCAUUAUUACCACCGCCAAUUUAUCAUCUUCUCCCCACCCCUUCCCCAGAAAACAUCCCAAGAUCUCAUCACUCAAUACAAAUGCACCAAAACGUCACAACACAAUAAUCUCUUGUGCAGCCUCGUCGACGUCAAAUGAGGACGGUCACAAAAACACAGUACCGUCGUCGUCGGACAACAUCUCUGAACGGAAACUUGACCGGAGAAACGUCCUGUUAGGCCUCGGCGGCCUCUACGGCGCUUACACCGUCGACCCUUUUGCCCUGGCCGCUCCGGUCCCCGCCCCUGACAUUUCAAAGUGCGGCCCGGCUACUAUAAGCUUUAGUGAGGAGAAAGUGCCGUAUUCAUGUUGCCCUCCGUUUUAUGGCCCCAUUUCUGAUUAUACGGUGCCCAGUUUCACGAAGCCUAACGUCCGGCCGGCGGCUCACGCCGUCAGUGAAUCCCUAUCGUAUAUAAAGAAGUACAAGACCGCCAUUAAGAAAAUGAAGGAGCUUCCGUGUGAUGAUCCCAGAAACUUCUACCAGCAAGCUAACGUCCACUGCGCUUACUGCAAUGGCGCUUAUCAACUCGCCGGUCAAGCUUACGAUAUCCACCCUUCAUGGCUCUUCUUCCCCUUCCACAGAUGGUACUUGUACUUCUACGAGAGGAUAUUGCAGUCCCUGAUUAACGACCCAACAUUCGCCUUGCCAUAUUGGAACUGGGACAACCCACCGGGCAUGUAUUUCCCGGCGAUCUUCGACGACGACGAGUCAUCGCCGCUGUAUGACGAGGUCCGCAACCAGGAACACCGCGGCAGCUUCACCAUGGACCUAGCUUACACCACCCAAGAUCUGGCCGCCAAAGAAUCGCAGAUAAUUAAGAACAAUCUGGCAAUUAUGUACCGCCAAAUGGUGACUAACUCGCCGUGCCCGUCGCUCUUUUUCGGAGCCGCUCUGCGAGCUGACGGCUACGGCCCGGGCGGUUCCGCCAACGGAACCGUCGUGAAUGUUCCGCACAAUUCCGUUCACCGGUGGGUCGGUGACCCCAGAACGAAGCAUAACGAGGACAUGGGCAACUUCUACUCCGCCGCUAAAGACCCGGUUUUCUAUUGCCACCACUCCAAUGUCGACCGGAUGUGGACCAUCUGGAAGACUCUGGGCGGCAAACGUAUGGAUAUCACCGACCAAGAUUAUCUAAACUCAGAGUUCUUGUUCUACGAUGAAAAUAAGAAUCUUGUCAAGGUCAAAGUUCGAGAUAGUUUGGACAACGAAAAGCUUGGCUACAUUUUCCAGGAUAUGCCAACUCCAUGGAAGAGAUUCAAGUUGACCCGGAAAAGAACGAAACCGCCGAGAAGCCCCAAGUCAAUUCCCGCCGCCGCCGACGUCUUACCGGCAACCUUAAACAAGAUUCUAACGUUUUCCGUGGCGAGGCCGACGACGUCGAGGACAAAAGCAGAUAAGGAAGAGAUGGAGGAGCUGCUAAACCUGGGGCUGGAGUACGACGACACGAAGUACAUUAGAUUCGACGUGUUCCUGAACGACGACGAGGAAGUGAAUGAGUUGGAGCUGGACAGGGCGGAGUACGCCAGCAGCUUCGCCAACUUGGCGCACGUUCACGAACGCGCCGGCGACCACACGCCGACGAAGACGACCUGGAGCUUGCCGAUCACCGAGCUGCUUGAGGACUUGGGGAUCGAGGGAGACGACAAAGUAGUGGUGACUUUGGUGCCAAAAUGUGGUGGUAGGUCUAUGAACAUCACAAAGGCUGUGAUUAAAUUGGUGGCUUGUUAUUAAUGCCUUAUAUGCAUG